AUGAUAUUCUACAUAAUCUUGCCGAAGAAAGGAAAAUCAAUUUAGGAUUUUAUCCUUCAAAUUUACCAAAUAAUUAGUGAUUAAUUAAUAUAUUAUCUACUUAUACAAUCAAAUAUUUUCUAAGUUUAAGACGAAGACACUGUUUUAGCAUUAACAUAAGAUGACUUAAAGUAUAAAGUUUAUAGGUUAUUUUCAGCAUUUAAAAAACUCUAGAUUCAUCUUAUUGGAGAAAAUCAUCUAUGAAAUUGUUUUAAAGAUUUCAUGAAUGGGUUAUUGAAAAAAAUAUAGCAAAUAUAAAAAAAAACAAAUUAAAUAACUUUUAAUGCUAGUUGAAAAGAAGGAAUAAGAGGGAGAGUAGCUAGAAUAGAAGAUUAAAACAUAUUAAUUUAAGAUUGAAUGACUCCGAUAGAAUCAAAAGUUUGAAGUUCCUCAAUAACAAUUACAAAAAUAUGUUUUCUGGGAACAGCAAAAACAUUGAUGAGCUUAAUAAAUAAAAAAUAUGA